AAGACUGCAGCUACAAUUGGCUCGAUGAGGCACUGGGAGAGAUGUUGAGCUGGCUGCUUCCACCCAUGGCUCUGCACACACACAGGGGCGGGUUGUGCCGGGGAGAACGGGAGGCUGGGCUCCGAGGCGGCGGAGGCGGUGGAGGAGGAGAAAGCGGUGGCGGUGGCUGUGGCGGCGGUGCUGCUGCUCCCGCAGCCUGCCUGCCUCCUUCGGUGACCGAGCCGCUGCUGCUUCUGGGUUGCUGCCUGCGGCCGGACGACCCGGCCGAGCGGGGGCUGCUGCUGGCGCCGGCGGGCGAGAUGAUGGCGGAGUGCGCCGGCGGCCAGAGGCUGAAGCCGCUCUCGCUGCUGGAGGCGGCCCGCUGCCGCUACGAGAGCCUGCAGAUCUCCGACGACGUCUUCGGCGAGUCGGGCCAGGACAGCAGCGACGGCAACCCUUUCUACAGCACCACGGCCGAGUCGCGCUCCGCCUCCGACGAGGACGCCGACGGGGAGCGCGAAGCCCCGGACGGAGGACGCAGCCAGCGGGGAAGGACGGCGGGGAAACGCGGAGCCAAACCAGCGGCCGAGCAGCAGCAGCAGCAAGUGCCCGGCGGCUCGGAGGCGGCUUGCCCGGCUUCCCUGGAGCAGCAGCAAGAGAAAGAGAAGGUGGAAGAGGAGGAGGUGGAGGACGAGAAGAGGGGCUGGAGUCAGAGCCUGAGAAACACCGCGACCCCUUCCUUCAAGGAUAGCUGCGGCCCCACUCGCAAAAUGCCACCAACUGCCAGUGCCAUGGACUUCUUCCAACUCUUUGUCCCUGACAACUUGCUGAAGAACGUGGUCAUGCAAACCAAUAUGUAUGCCAAGAAGUACCAGGAGCGGUUUGGGAGCGAUGAUACCUGGGUGGAUGUCACCCUGACAGAAAUCAAGGCUUUUCUUGCGUACAUGAUAUCCACCAGCACUCACCAUUGCGAGUCCGUACUCAGCAUCUGGAGUAGUGGUUUCUAUAGCAACAAGAGCAUAGCACUGAUCAUGACUCAGCCGAGAUUUGAGAAGAUCCUCAAGUACUUCCAUAUUGUGGCCUUCCGUUCCAGUCAGACUACGCACGGCCUCUACAAAAUCCAGCCCUUUCUGGACUCCCUGCAACACAGCUUUGACUCUGCCUUUAAGCCUUCCCAAACCCAGGUACUCCAUGAACCUCUGAUUGACGAAGAUCCGGUUUUCAUUGCCACCUGCACAGAACGAGAGUUACGCAAGAGGAAAAAGCGGAAAUUCAGUCUCUGGGUACGGCAGUGCUCAUCAACUGGUUUUAUCUGCCAGAUCUAUGUCCACCUGAAAGAAGGAAGUGGCACGGAAGGCCUGGAUGCUUUGAAGAACAAAACCCAGCUCCACAGCAUGGUGGCCAAGAGCCUUUGUCAGAACGCGGCAGGGAAGAACUACAUCAUUUUCACUGGGCCCAGCAUCACCAGCUUGAAUCUCUUUGAAGAGUUUGAGAAACAAGAGAUUUAUUGUUGUGGGUUGUUAAGUGCAAGAAAAAGUGACUGCACAGGCCUGCCUCCAUCUAUGCUAAAUAACCCAGAUGCUCCUCAGUCUCGAGGACAAUAUAGGAUAAAGAUGAAAGGAAACAUGUCCUUGAUCUGCUGGUACAAUAAAGGCUACUUUCGGUUUUUGACCAACGCUUAUUCUCCAAUUCAACAAGGUGUCAUAAUUAAGAGGAAAAGUGGAGAGAUCCCUUGCCCAUUGGCAGUAGAAGCCUUCGCUGCUCAUCUUAGUUAUAUCUGCAAAUAUGAUGACAAAUACAGCAAGUAUUUCAUCUCUCAUAAACCAAACAAGACCUGGCAGCAAGUGUUCUGGUUUGCCAUCAGCAUUGCCAUAAACAACGCCUACAUCCUAUACAAAAUGUCCGACGCCUACCACGUGAAAAAGUACAGCCGGGUGCAGUUCGGCGAGAGACUUGUCAAAGAGCUACUGGGAUUGGAGGAUAUUUCACCUUGCCAUUGAUGCACUAUUCCCCGUGGCUUAGGCCAGGAGCGGGGAAGAGGAGAAGGAGGAGGAAGAUGACAACUCUGGAACGCCAAAGUGAGGACCUUGCAAUCACAGCAGCCAUGCUGUUCCCCCAUGUGACAAAGUGACCAGGGAAGCUACGAACGUGGUGGUGGGGGCUUUGAUGAAGUCUCCACCAGUAUCCCUAAGGCCCUAAAGAGGGCAUGUGUCAUGGGCACUUAACGCAUCAGAAGCAAAUUUAAGUUAGCAGCUGUUUCUUAAUACUAUUUGUUAAACAGGGUGUGAAUUGUCACAUGAGGCCCCUUUCCCUGUCCUCUCCCAAACUGAAGUGGCUCAGUUGUUCAGACGGGGCAUUACUGUAAAGCAUAUUCAGUUGUU